GCAUACUGCUGCGACCGCGCGUUGUUAGAUUGUUCAGUUUGUAAACAACUAACAACCGGUUAAAGUGUAUUUUAAUCAAGGAAAAUGCGAAGUUUUAUUAAAUAUUCCAAAUAUUGUGAUUUUCCUAUUGAAAAUUUACCUUAUGGAGUGUUUUCUACGGCUAACGAUGGAACACCUAAGAUAGGAGUAGCCAUUGGAGAGUACAUUCUAAACCUAUAUGAAGUUGCUCACUUAUUCAAUGGGCCACUAUUAAAAGACAAACAUCAUGUUUUUAAACAGACUACCCUAAACAGUUUUAUGUCCCUCGGCUUAUCUGAAUGGAAAGAGGCUCGUAACAGGCUGCAAGAGUUACUCUCUGAAGAUGUAGCCACUUUAAGGGACAACACAGAACUAAGAGAAAGAGCAUUUAUACUACAAAGUGAAGCCAAAAUGCACCUGCCUGCCCAUAUAGGGGACUACACCGACUUCUAUUCAUCCAUACAUCAUGCCACUAAUGUAGGAAUCAUGUUUCGUGAUAAAAACAAUGCCCUAUUGCCAAACUGGAGACAUCUGCCAGUGGGUUAUCAUGGUAGGGCCAGCUCGGUGGUUAUUUCAGGAACCCCGAUACACAGGCCCUAUGGCCAAACUCUACCUGUAGAAGGUGCUGCUCCCGUUUUCGGCCCAUGUAAACUAAUGGACUUUGAACUGGAAAUGGCAUUUUUUGUCGGUGGAUCGAACAAGUUGGGCGAACCUAUCAGUGUCCAGAAAGCGCACGAACACAUUUUCGGUUUUGUUAUUAUGAAUGAUUGGAGCGCUAGGGAUAUUCAAAAAUGGGAAUACGUGCCUUUAGGGCCUUUCACCGCAAAAAAUUUGGGCACGUCUUUAUCUCCUUGGGUGGUCACCACGUUGGCACUGGAGCCAUUUAUCGUCGACAAUUACCCACAGGAACCGGAGCCGUUUCCGUAUUUAAAGCAUAACGAUAAGUUUAACUUUGAUAUCAGUUUGGAAGUGGACAUAACGCCAAAGGAUUCGAACGUUUCCACAACCGUGUGUCGAUCGAACUUCAAACAUCUUUAUUGGACAGUAAAGCAACAAUUGGCCCACCAUACUGUCACCGGAUGUAAUGUUAACCCGGGAGAUUUAAUGGCUAGUGGCACGAUAAGUGGAGAAACCUCCGAUUCGUUUGGAUCGUUACUAGAGCUGUCGUGGAAGGGCACCAAACCCAUCAAGCUUCACGAUGGUACUCAAAGAAAAUUCCUUCAAGAUGGCGACACUGUAACCAUGAAGGCGUUUUGCGAGGGUGAAGGUUAUAAUGUGGGAUUUGGAGUUUGUACUGGACAGCUCUUACCAGCAAGAGAGAUUAGUUUUUAACUAAAAUUUACGUUUUUUUUAAAACAAAAUUAAUGUGCAGAUAGUGUUCAAGAUAUUUGAAGUGCCACUAACAUUAUCAAACUACAAUAAAUAUUUUUACUUUAA